AUGGAAAAAGGAUACCAACCACAGGAUUCAGCUCCACCAUACCCUGGGCCACCUUUGGACUACGGGGAUGCCAUGCCCCCUCAGCCUGGGAUGUACCCUCAGCCUGCUCAGCCUGCUGGAUACCAGACAGGUGCCCCUUUGGCUCCAGCCAUGGCUGCACCUUCCACAACAGUGACUCCCGUGGUAGUAACACCUACACUAUUUGGUGUCCCAGGACAAACUGUUUGUCCUCACUGCCAGCAGACUGUGACGACCAAAACAGAACACAUUACAGGCCUUUUGACCUGGGUCACCUGUUUUGGACUUGCAUUCUUUGGGUGUUGUCUGUGCUGGAUCCCGUUCUGCAUUGAUGCCUGUAAAGAUGUAGCACAUCACUGUCCUUCCUGCCACCAUGUCAUCUACGUCUACAAGCGAAUAUGA